AGAUGGCAGAACAUUCCGGGCAGGAUGUGGCAGAACUCAGAACCGGGAGGAUCUACUGUAUAGUAUACAGCAUCAGUUCAGUGCGUGAUAGUGUGAUUUGGGGUGCUUGAAACUCUCUACAAUGGCUAUUAAGUUUGGAGGCCGGCCUCAGUCAUAUGCCAAGCAGCUCGAGACUUACUUUUCAUUUGUUCCUGAACUUGCAGCAGUCUCCAGUGACAAUCUCAAAGGUCCCGAAUCAAUUGAUGAUAUUGAUGCUGAAAAAAAUGGCGGACACAGAUUUGCCUCGGACUGGGAUGUGGAUGGGAAGGAGGAUUUAGAAGGGAGAGCGUUCGACUUUGCAGAACUGCAGCGCGUUGACAAGGGAUUAGUGCCUGCAGCAAUAGAGGAUGAGAUUAUGGUCACAAAUAAUGCAAACGAAGAUGGGACUUGGAAUAUUGAUUCCAUCUUGCUAUCGAGUGGUCUUACAUCUAUGUAG